AAGUCGCAGUUGGUGGACGAAGGAUUCGGCUGAAGUGUUCUGUCCGUUGGACUCGGCAACGUUCUGCGGGUAAAAACUGCAUUUUUACGGUUCUAGCACGACGGCGCGGCGGUGGAUGAUAGAGGGGGACCAGGGGUGAGCAGAGCGCGAUGAACCACGCCAAAUUAGCUGGCGAUAUGACGGCGGAUGGCGAUCUACAAAUGGCCCCCUCAGUGAGCUACAAUCAGCAUGACAAUGGCACCGGUGACGAGCUGGUGAGCUCGGUGACGCUCUACAGGCGAAGGCCCCGGCUUUUACACGGUACCAUCCUCCCGUUCCUUACGGUUCUCUACCCGGGAUGGAUGUACGUGUGGCUGGGAGUGUACGGUGCCUCGGAGUAUCCGGAGGCAGGCCUCUUGGCGCUGGCUGCCAUCGGGAUCACGCACGUCCUCACAGCGUUGUCUGGUUAUUGGUCCGUGCACGCCCACUGUUGGCUCACUUGUUCCAAGGAAGCAGACCCAAACAAGGCCACUCUGGCUAAGGUCAUCCCCACCCCAAAUAACGGUUCAGCUGAGCUUGUGGCACUGCAGAGGGACCAGGAUGACAAUGGGGAAGCUGUUCUGUCUUUUGAGUUCCAGAAAAUCCGCUACACCUUUGACCAUAAAGAAAAGAAACGCUUCUUCCCCAUUGCCUUCCCCAUCAGCCACCCGAUGGGCUACUUUCAGUCGUGGCGAGGCUACCAGGAGGAAGUGGAACUCAAGGCUGCGGAAAAGCGCUAUGGCACCAACCAUGCCGAGAUGGUGGUUCCCGAUUUCCUGGAGCUGUUUAGGGAAAGGGCUACUGCACCCUUUUUUGUCUUCCAGGUGUUCUGUGUGGGGUUGUGGUGUUUGGACGAGUACUGGUACUACAGUGUUUUUACGCUUUUUAUGCUGGUGGCCUUCGAAGCUUCCCUGGUCCAGCAGCAAAUGAGAAAUAUGUCUGAGAUCCGCCGCAUGGGGAACAAGCCCUACAUGAUUCAGGUUUAUCGCAACCGCAAGUGGAGACCCAUAUCAAGCGACGAGCUCGUCCCUGGUGACAUUGUCUCGAUUGGACGGUCCCCCCAGGACAACCUGGUGCCGUGUGACGUGCUACUACUCCGGGGUCGCUGCAUCGUUGAUGAGGCCAUGCUGACAGGGGAGUCUGUACCUCAGAUGAAGGAACCUGUGGAGGACUUGGAUGCGGAACAAAUCCUUGACCUUCAGACAGAUUCUCGCCUCCAUGUCAUCUCUGGUGGGACCAAAGUGGUCCAGCAUAGCCCCCCUUUAAAGGCCAGUGCUGGACUCAAACCUGUUGACAAUGGUUGUGUGGCCUAUGUCCUGAGAACGGGAUUUUACACCUCUCAGGGCAAACUUUUACGCACCAUCCUGUUUGGCGUGAAGAGGGUGACCGCGAACAACCUGGAGACAUUCAUCUUCAUCCUCUUCCUCCUCGUAUUUGCCAUUGCCGCUGCCGCCUACGUGUGGGUGGAAGGGACCAAGGACAUCAGCAGGAAUCGCUACAAGCUCUUCCUAGAGUGCACCUUAAUCCUCACCUCAGUGGUCCCACCUGAACUCCCCAUUGAGCUUUCCCUGGCUGUUAACACAUCUCUUAUCGCCCUGGCCAAACUGUAUGUGUUCUGCACUGAGCCCUUCAGGAUUCCAUUCGCUGGGAAAGUGGAGGUGUGUUGUUUCGACAAAACGGGAACGCUGACAAGCGACAGUCUAGUGGUGCGAGGAGUCGCGGGCCUCAGGGAGGGGAAGGAGGUGAUGCCUGUGUCAGAGAUACCAGUCGAGACACAUCGGGUGGUAGCCACCUGCCACUCACUCGUCACUCUUGAUGAUGGACAGCUGGUUGGAGAUCCACUGGAAAAAGCUAUGCUUACUGCUGCUGAUUGGACCCUCACCAAAGAUGAAAAGGUUUUCCCGCGUAGUAUCAAAACCCAGGGCCUCAAGAUCCAUCAGCGCUUUCACUUUGCCAGCGCUCUGAAGAGGAUGUCAGUUCUGGCUUCCUAUGAGAAACUGGGAUCCACGGAACUAUGCUACAUCUCAGCUGUUAAAGGGGCUCCGGAGACACUCAGAGCCAUGUUUUCAGAGCGUCCAGAGAAUUAUGACGAAGUACACAAAGAAAUAUCUAGAGAAGGGGCGAGAGUGCUGGCCUUGGGUUAUAAAGAGAUGGGACACCUAAGUCAUCAGCAGGUGCGGGAGAUGAGUCGAAAUUCCCUGGAAUGUGAUUUGACCUUUGCGGGUUUCAUGGUCGUGUAUUGCCCCCUCAAAAGUGACAGCAAGGCGGUCAUCAGAGAGAUCCAGGAAGCCUCUCAUCAUGUGGUGAUGAUCACAGGUGACAACCCCUUAACGGCGUGCCAUGUCGCCAGAGAGCUCCACUUCAUCGAAAAGGAACACACGCUUAUAUUGCAACCAGGUCCCGAUCAUGGCAGCUGGCAGUGGGAGUCAAUCGACAACAGCGUGCAUGUACCCCUGCCGCCUCCUUCUGUCUCUUCAUUUGUUCGCCAGUACGACCUAUGCGUCACUGGUGAGGGUCUGGCCAGACUGUGCUGCGACCCCCAGCUGCUGCACACCCUCUUGCCUCACAUAGGAGUCUUUGCAAGAGUCAGCCCCAAACAAAAGGAAUUUGUUAUCACGAGUCUCAAGGGGCUGGGUUAUGUCACACUGAUGUGCGGCGAUGGCACAAAUGAUGUCGGUGCUCUCAAACAUGCCCACAUAGGUGUUGCCCUGUUGGCCAACGCCCCCGAGCGCAUGCCUGAAAAAAAGAAACGCGGGAGAGACAAGGAGGCACCCGUUGCAGAAUCCCGACCAUCGCUGCCUGUUAACUCGGGCGGCAAACUGAGCUCCAGGGGGGCCAGACAGAGGGUGAUGGCCCAAAGAGAGGAGCAACUCGCUGCACAAAAGGAGAGAAUAAGUCAAGUCUUGCGGGAACUGGAAGAAGAUCAGGUGCAAAUAGUCAAACUGGGUGACGCCUCCAUCGCCGCCCCCUUCACCUCUAAGCUUUCCUCCAUACAGUGCAUCUGUCAUGUGAUAAAGCAAGGACGUUGCACUCUGGUAACAACACUACAGAUGUUCAAAAUACUUGCUCUCAAUGCCUUGGUGCUCGCAUACAGCCAGUCGGUGCUCUACCUCGAAGGGGUCAAAUUCAGCGAUUUCCAAGCAACCCUGCAGGGUCUGCUGUUGGCCGGAUGCUUCCUCUUCAUCUCUCGGUCAAAGCCACUUAAAACAUUGUCCCGGGAGCGGCCCUUACCAAACAUCUUCAAUCUUUAUACUGUGUUGACGGUGCUCCUGCAGUUUGCAGUCCACUUCUGUAGUCUGGUCUUUCUGUACAGAGAGGCGCAGAGCAGAAGUCCGCCGAGAGAGGAGCAAUUUGUGGACCUGUACAAAGAGUUUGAACCCAGUCUAAUCAACAGUACCGUCUAUAUCAUGUCCAUGGCUAUGCAGAUGGCCACAUUUGCCAUUAACUACAAGGGUCACCCUUUCAUGGAGUCACUCAGUGAGAACAGACCACUACUAUGGAGCAUCGCUCUGUCAGGCUUGGCAAUUGUAGGACUCCUCACUGGUUCCUCACCCGAAUUUAAUGAACAGUUUGCCCUCGUAGAUAUUCCAACUGAGUUCAAAAUGAUCAUUGCCCAGGUUCUGGUGGUGGACUUUGCAGCCGCCCUAUUAGUGGACCGCGUCCUGCAGUUCCUGCUAGGCAAAGGAACUCUGAGGGUGCCUUCUUGAACUCUCCUUGCCAUCAGCACCUGCUGCCCUUACCUAUUCGAAAGGGAGAAAAGACUAUGGAAAGGAAGAGGAAUGAUGCUGAGAUGGUCAUGGCGUGCAGUACUGUACACUCCCCUCCUUCGGUCUACAUUGUGACUGUAUUACCAUCAGCCUCCCUAAACUUGAUCUGUCCCUCCCCAUGAUCACACAAGGCCACGAAGACAACAGUAUUGAGUGCAAGACUGUGCCAGCAGAGUGACGCAUACAGGCACACAAGAGGGGCAUUCUCCAAGAGAAUUAACGAGUGUUUUGAUUUUUUUUUUUUUGUUUACUCUCCUUGAUUUUGUAAAAAGACAUCUCUAACAGACUUAUAAAAAGACUUACAAAGUA